CAGCAGAACCGGCAGCAGCAGAACCGGACUUCCUGCAGUCCAACGAUCUGGCCUGCGAGGCGGUCGGUGGGAAGGUUAUCUUUGCGACUGACGAAUGGUUCGCUCCUGCUAACAACCUGCUGAAGGUACGACUGAUGUGUGGUCAGGGUUCAUCUCCCCUGCUCAACAAAAGAGAACUCUUCGGUUCUCUACACUAAACAGGCUGAAGGUGUAAGGAACCUCCAAUGAGGUGAAGCACAGUUCUGUAGGGAACCUCCAAUGAGGUGAAGCACAGUUCUGUAGGGAACCUCCAAUGAGAUGAAGCACAGUUCUGUAGGGAACCUCCAAUGAGGUGAAGCACAGUUCUGUAGGGAACCUCCAAUGAGGUGAAGCACAGUUCUGUAGGGAACCUCCAAUGAGAUGAAGCACAGUUCUGUAGGGAACCUCCAAUGAGGUGAAGCACAGUUCUGUAGGGAACCUCCAAUGAGAUGAGCACAGUUCUGUAGGGAACCUCCAAUGAGAUGAGCACAGUUCUGGAGGGAACCUCCAAUGAGGUGAAGCACAGUUCUGUAGGGAACCUCCAAUGAGGUGAAGCACAGUUCUGUAGGGAACCUCCAAUGAGGUGAAGCACAGUUCUGUAGGGAACCUCCAAUGAGAUGAAGCACAGUUCUGUAGGGAACCUCCAAUGAGAUGAAGCACAGUUCUGUAGGUAACCUCCAAUGAGAUGAAGCACAGUUCUGUAGGGAACCUCCAAUGAGGUGAAGCACAGUUCUGUAGGGAACCUCCAAUGAGAUGAAGCACAGUUCUGUAGGGAACCUCCAAUGAGAUGAGCACAGUUCUGUAGGGAACCUCCAAUGAGAUGAGCACAGUUCUGUAGGGAACCUCCAAUGAGAUGAAGCACAGUUCUGUAGGGAACCUCCAAUGAGAUGAGCACAGUUCUGUAGGGAACCUCCAAUGAGAUGAGCACAGUUCUGUAGGGAACCUCCAAUGAGGUGAAGCACAGUUCUGUAGGGAACCUCCAAUGAGGUGAAGCACAGUUCUGUAGGGAACCUCCAAUGAGGUGAAGCACAGUUCUGUAGGGAACCUCCAAUGAGGCGAAGCACAGUUCUGUAGGGAACCUCCAAUGAGGUGAAGCACAGUUCUGUAGGGAACCUCCAAUGAGAUGAGCACAGUUCUGUAGGGAACCUCCAAUGAGAUGAAGCACAGUUCUGUAGGGAACCUCCAAUGAGAUGAGCACCGUUCUGUAGGGAACCUCCAAUGAGAUGAAGCACAGUUCUGUAGGGAACCUCCAAUGAGAUGAGCACAGUUCUGUAGGGAACCUCCAAUGAGAUGAAGCACAGUUCUGUAGGGAACCUCCAAUGAGAUGAAGCACAGUAAAGAGUUGAGUUUAAGACCAACACGUCUUCUUAGCAGAAUUCACCUACAAACCAGGAAGUGCUAGGACCCCAGAACACACGAGCUGCCCGAGCCUGUGCCUGACUGUAUAUGUCCAGUGUUGUGUGAACCCAGAACCGGCUGGUGAGAUGUUCAUGUCCUGUUGUUGGUCCAGAGAGAGAAGCCCAACUUCAGCGCUUCUGCCUUCACCGAGUUUGGGAAGUGGAUGGAUGGAUGGGAGACGAGGAGGAAGAGGACGGCGGGUCACGACUGGUGCGUCGUCCAGCUGGGAGUUCCCGGGCUGAUCCACGGCCUCGAUGUGGACUCGUCCUUCUUCACUGGGAACCACUCGCCCUCCAUCUCCGUCCAGGCCGGCUGUCUGGACAAACCUCCCCCCUUCACUCUGGAGGGAGACCGAACCGGCAUGGCCGCCUCCGACGUUCAGCUGGCUGCGGUCGCCAAGCUGGGUUCGGAGGCGUGGCCUGAACUGGUAUGCGUGUCGGAGCUGAAGCCUGGAUACUCAGACUGCUGCCAUAACUACUUCAAGGUCAACUUCAACCACAGAGUCACACACCUUCGCCUCAACAUGCACCCAGUGUUUGUCUUACCAGAUGGAGGGAUAGCCAGACUGCGGGUGUACGGCGUCGGGCAGAGAAACUGGUCGUCUGUCUCCCCCCACCAAGACGUCGACUUGGUGGCUCUGACCAAUGGGGGAGUCUGCCUCGGUUAUAGCGACGCCCACUUUGGACAUCCACGCAACAUGAUUGGUCUCGGCCGAGCUGCCAACAUGGCCGAUGGCUGGGAAACGGCCCGCAGACUGGACAGACCCAAACACCUGAAGGUGGACCAGCAAGGGAUCCUUCAGGUCCCCGGCUGCCAGUGGGCCGUGUUUCGUCUCGGUCAUCCUGGAGUCAUCAGCCGCGUGGAGGUCGACACCAACCACUUCAAAGGGAAUUUCCCAGACUCCUGCAGGAUUGAGGUUUGCUCUUUGACCCCUGAGGAUGAAGCUCAGUGUAUCAGCAACAGCUGGAAUUCUGGGAAAUGGCAGGUCCUUCUGCCCACGCAGAAACUGCGUCCUCAUCACAGACGUCUCUACAGCGAGGAGGAGCUGGCGCUCCGCUCGCCCGCCAGUCACGUGCGGCUCGUCAUCAGCCCGGACGGAGGGGUCAGCAGGCUCCGCCUCUGGGGUCGACCCACGGCCCCCACUGCUGCUGCGCCGACCAAUCAGGAGAUACCGGCGUCCAAACUCUGAUGCGUAGAAAUAAAACAUAAAGUCUG